GGCGUUUAUGAGUCGGUCGGUUAAACUUUCUGAUAUAUGUGCUUCAUGAACUAGUAGUAAUACUGAAGCGAUUUUGAUUUCUUUAAUUAACGUUUCUUCUAUUCCAAUUCUGCUUUGCUUAACAAAUAUCUUAAGAACAUUCAAAAAUCAUUGAGGUAAGUGUACUUCUUCGCCCUUCAGAAGAAAGUAAUAAUCUUUUACCCUUUCAGUUUCAGGUAACGAAUGACGAAAACAACACCCGAGUUCAGUACAUCAGAUUUCUCUGUCUCUCUCUUGGAACUUCCAAACUCGACCAUAUCCGUCAAAUUGAAUUCCAAGUUGCAAAUGUGAAAGCAGUUUAAACCCGUGUUGACUUUAACGCAAGUAAAGGACGUUGACUUUGUUGAGGUCCUUAAGGAUAAUUGAUCAAAAUGUUAUGUGGCAGGCAUGUAAGGUGUGAACCGAAAGCUUGGCUUUGCUCAAAUUCAGCAAGUUCACCAAGAGAAACUAAAUCAGUGAAGGAAAAAAGGUUCAAGCGAGACUCUGAGGAAGAUGGCUUCGGCUACUGUUGAUUUUGGGAUCGGACGGAUUCUUAGUGUCCUGGAAAACGAGACCUUGUUAUUGUCAGGAGUCCAUGGUGAGAUUGAUAAAAUGAAGAAGGAGUUGCUGAUCAUGAAGUCCUUUCUUGAGGAUACUCAUAAACAUGGUGGAAAUGGAUCCACAACAACAACAACUCAACUCUUCCAAACUUUUGUGGCAAACACGAGAGAUUUGGCUUACCAAAUCGAAGACAUUCUCGACGAGUUUGGCUAUCACAUCCACGGUUAUCGUAGCUGCGCCAAAAUUUGGCGUGCGUUUCAUUUCCCGAGGUAUAUGUGGGCGAGGCACUCGAUAGCUCAAAAGCUAGGAAUGGUUAAUGUCAUGAUUCAAUCCAUUUCUGAUUCCAUGAAAAGGUACUAUCAUUCAGAAAACUACCAAGCAGCAUUAUUACCGCCUAUUGAUGAUGGCGAUGCAAAGUGGGUGAACAACAUCAGUGAGUCAUCUCUUUUCUUUAGUGAAAAUAGUCUUGUAGGGAUUGAUGCACCCAAGGGAAAGCUCAUCGGACGGCUUCUAAGUCCCGAACCUCAGCGGAUUGUUGUCGCGGUGGUUGGGAUGGGCGGUUCAGGGAAAACUACACUCUCAGCGAAUAUCUUCAAGUCUCAAAGUGUGCGGAGGCAUUUUGAGUCUUACGCUUGGGUUACAAUCUCGAAAUCUUAUGUGAUUGAAGAUGUGUUUAGGACCAUGAUCAAGGAGUUUUACAAAGAAGCAGAUACACAGAUUCCAGCUGAAUUAUACUCCUUAGGCUACAGAGAGUUGGUGGAAAAACUUGUGGAGUAUUUGCAGUCGAAGAGGUACAUUGUUGUGCUUGAUGAUGUAUGGACCACUGGUCUAUGGAGGGAGAUAAGUAUUGCUUUACCAGAUGGUAUUUAUGGAAGUCGUGUUAUGAUGACUACUCGGGACAUGAACGUGGCUUCUUUCCCAUAUGGAAUUGGGAGCACAAAGCACGAGAUUGAGCUCUUAAAAGAAGACGAAGCUUGGGUGCUUUUCUCCAACAAAGCUUUUCCGGCAAGUCUUGAGCAAUGCAGAACGCAGAAUUUGGAGCCGAUAGCACGAAAAUUAGUCGAGAGAUGUCAGGGUUUGCCAUUAGCUAUUGCUUCUUUGGGAAGCAUGAUGUCAACCAAGAAGUUUGAAUCAGAAUGGAAGAAAGUCUACAGUACUUUAAACUGGGAACUGAACAACAAUCAUGAACUCAAGAUUGUUCGAAGCAUUAUGUUCCUUAGCUUCAAUGAUUUGCCAUACCCGCUUAAACGUUGUUUCUUAUAUUGUUCUCUUUUCCCUGUGAACUAUCGGAUGAAAAGAAAGAGGCUCAUUAGGAUGUGGAUGGCACAAAGGUUUGUGGAACCGAUCAGAGGAGUGAAAGCAGAAGAAGUGGCUGAUAGUUACCUCAAUGAACUUGUUUACAGAAAUAUGCUUCAAGUUAUCUUGUGGAAUCCUUUUGGACGACCCAAGGCGUUCAAGAUGCAUGACGUGAUAUGGGAGAUUGCUCUAUCUGUAUCCAAACUUGAGAGGUUCUGUGAUGUAUAUAAUGAUGACAGUGAUGGUGAUGAUGCUGCAGAAACAAUGGAGAAUUACGGUAGUCGCCAUUUAUGCAUUCAGAAAGAGAUGACACCUGAUAGUAUACGUGCAACAAACCUUCACUCUCUUUUGGUUUGCUCUUCUGCUAAACACAAGAUGGAAUUACUUCCAAGUCUGAACCUUCUGAGAGCCUUAGACCUUGAAGACUCUUCCAUCAGCAAGUUACCAGAUUGUUUAGUAACUAUGUUCAACUUAAAGUACUUGAAUUUGUCCAAGACACAGGUGAAAGAACUGCCAAAAAACUUCCAUAAACUCGUCAAUUUGGAGACGUUGAACACAAAGCACUCCAAGAUUGAGGAACUUCCUCUAGGGAUGUGGAAAUUGAAGAAGUUGCGAUAUCUCAUUACUUUUCGCCGCAAUGAAGGACAUGAUUCCAAUUGGAAUUAUGUUUUAGGUACAAGGGUUGUUCCUAAAAUCUGGCAGUUGAAGGAUUUGCAAGUCAUGGACUGCUUCAACGCAGAAGAUGAGCUUAUCAAAAAUCUCGGGUGUAUGACUCAGCUCACAAGAAUAAGUCUUGUCAUGGUUAGGAGAGAACAUGGAAGAGACUUGUGCGAUUCACUGAAUAAGAUUAAAAGAAUUCGAUUCUUAUCUUUAACGUCGAUUGAUGAAGAGGAACCGUUAGAGAUAGAUGACCUGAUCGCAACUGCAAGCAUUGAGAAGCUCUUUCUUGCUGGGAAACUGGAGAGAGUACCAAGUUGGUUCAACACUCUUCAAAACCUUACCUAUUUGGGUUUGCGUGGAUCUCAGCUACAGGAAAACGCCAUUCUCUCUAUCCAAACGCUUCCUAGAUUGGUAUGGCUUUCAUUUUACAAUGCAUACAUGGGACCUAGGUUGCGUUUUGCACAAGGAUUUCAGAAUCUGAAGAUUCUAGAGAUAGUUCAGAUGAAACAUCUGACAGAAGUUGUUAUAGAAGACGGUGCAAUGUUUGAGCUUCAGAAGCUUUAUGUCAGGGCUUGUAGAGGGUUAGAGUACGUACCAAGAGGAAUUGAGAAUCUUAUAAAUCUUCAAGAACUGCAUUUGAUUCAUGUUUCUAAUCAGUUAGUAGAACGCAUUCGCGGAGAAGGGAGUGUGGACCGGUCAAGGGUUAAACACAUUCCUGCGAUUAAGCAUUAUUUCAGAACUGAUAAUGGCUCUUUCUAUGUGAGCCUCUCAUCUUAGGCGGCCAAGGCAAGCUUCAUCAUACAAGAUACUGCACACUGUACUGUGAAAAUCAGGGAUGGAUAUUCACAUAACUACUAAACGCCAUGAGCUUACCAAACAGAUUGAUUGUCAUGUGUUGUCUUUGAAAGUCAACAAUCAGGUCUUCUCUUCACUCAAAGACAACAUUUUUUUGCUGGUCUCAUGAGUCAGUGCUAAUGACUAAACAGCUCACUUCACAGCAGUUUCCACUGUUUUUUUUCGAAAUUCAUUUAAGUAAGAUUUAAUAUGGUCAGCUGAUUGUUCUGUAAUUCUGUGUAAACAUUACUUUGUUAAGACCUUAAUAUUGUUGACAUUGUUAUUUGAGUAUCGGCUUCAACCAAGAAAUUCCACUACCGUGUUAGUCUUCU